AUGGCCUCAGGAAAGACCCCCACCCUAGACCUGCUGAAGGCUGAGGAGCAGCAGACUGUGAGCGCUGUCAAUCGAGUCACCAGCCUGCCCUUGCUCAAUUCUGCCUUCAACCUGGUCUCCUCUGCCUACAACAACACCAAGGAGUCCCACCCCUGCCUCAGUGGUGUCUGCAGCGUGGCUGAGACCGUGGCUGCUGUGGCUGUGGGCAGUGUGGUCGGAGGGGCACAGCCCAUCCUGAGCCAGCUCGAGCCACAGAUUGCUCUUGUGAAUGAAUAUGCCUGUAAAGGUCUGGAUCAGCUGGAGCAGAACUUGCCCUUCCUGCAGCAGCCAGCAGACAAGGUAAUCUCAGACACCAAGCAGCUGGUGUCCACCAAAGUGACAUCUGCCAUGGAUGCUGCCUGUGAGGCCAAGGAAGCGGUGGCUGAUAAAGUCACUGAAGCUGUGGACCUCACUAAAAAUGUUGUUGGGGACAGUGUCAAGCUGACCAGGUCUGUGGUCACCUCCACUGUCAGCAGUGCUGUGGAGGCUGCCCAGGGUGCCAAGGAGCUGGUGACCAGCAAGGUGACAGAGGCUGUGGAUGUCACCAAGCACAUGGUGGAGGACAGUGUUGACAGGACCAAGUCUGCUGUUGCCUCUACAAUUGUCAACGCUGUGGAGGCUGCCCAGGGUGCCAAGGAGCUGGUGACCAACAAGGUGACAGAGGCCGUGGACCUCAGUAAGCACCUUGUGGAGGACAGCGUUGACAGGACCAAGUCUGUUGUGACUUCCACCAUCACUGCAGCUGUAGGGGCUGCCCAGGGAGCCAAGGACCUGGUGGCCAACAAGGUGACAGAUGCUAUGGACAAGGUCACCAAAGCUGUGGAUGUCACCAAGCACAUGGUGGAGGACAGCGUUGACCUGACCAAGUCUGCAGUUGCUUCCACGAUUGUCAGUGCUGUGGAGGCUGCUCAAGGGGCCAAGGAGCUGGUGACAGACAAGGUGACCAAGGCAGUGGACCUCAGUAAACACAUUGUAGAAGACAGCGUUGAUCUGACCAAGUCUGCAGUUGCCUCUACAAUCGUCAAUGCUGUGGAGGCUGCCCAGGGUGCCAAGGAGCUGGUGACCAACAAGGUGACAGAGGCCGUGGAUGUCACCAAGCACACGGUGGAGGACAGCAUUGACAGGACCAAGUCUGCUGUUGCUUCCACCAUCACUGCAGCUGUGGGGGCUGCCCAGGGGGCCAAGGACCUGGUGGCCAACAAGGUGACCGAAGCAGUGGACCUGACCAAAGGGGCUGUUCAAGACAGCAAGAGGCAGCAGAGUUACUUUGUGCGCCUGGGCUCGCUGUCGGGCAGGGUUCGGCACCGAGCCUACCAGCACUCCCUGGCCAAGCUGCAGGGCUUCAGGCACCGCACCCAGGACACCCUGUCACGGCUGCAGCUGGCACUAAAACUGAUUGAAUCUGUGAAACAGGAGGUUGGCCAGAAGCUGCGGGAGGGGCAGGAGAAGCUCCAUCAGCUCUGGGUGGACUGGAGCCUGACGCAGCCCAAAGGAAACCAAGUCAGGACUGCGAGCCAGCCAGAGGUGGAGCCGCGCACUCUCGCCAUGCUGAGGAUCAUCACCCAGCAGCUCCAGCCCGCCUACCACAGCCUCAGGCUCAGCAUCCACGGCCUCCCCAGCAGCAUCCAGGAAGCUGUGUCCCGGGCCGCUCGACACAUCCACAAGCUCCACAGCUCUUUUUCCAGGGCCGUGUCCUUCCAGGACCUCUCCAGAACCACCCUGGCCCGCAGCCAGGACCGUGUGGCAGAGGCCCGGAGGUCCCUCGAUGUCCUCUUUGAGUAUGUCACUCACAACACCCCUCUGAACUGGAUUGUGGGGCCCUUCAGGGCCAUGGCUAAGGUGGCACAGGACAGCAGAAAGCACAAGAAGAGAGAGAUGAGGAGUGAUAGAAAAUUACCCAAGUUGGAAAAGGCUCCACUAUCACAAGAGGUGACAAAGACACCUGAAGAGCCAAAGGGAACCAACAGGCUCUCAGAAAAAUGGUGUGAAGUGCUAGAGAAGCUGGAGGAGAAGGCAGGGAAGAAUACAGAGGUGGCCCUGGCUGCAAAGGAGAUAAAAACCAGUGCAGCAGAAGAAGAUCUCUGAUAAAUCCCAGCUCUUCUGGCCAAGGCUACUUGGCUAGAACAGCACUGGAUCUUCUAAUUGUGUGCCCACUUGUGCCACGAGUGCCUCUGCUCUCUGAAUUUAGAGUCCGAUGUAGUUGUAAGGAGAUUUGAUAACCAACGUGGGGAGAUUCUGAAUCUUGAUUUACUGUUUUUAAAUGCAACUGCUGUGCUGAAAGGGGAGAUGGGACCUGCACUGCAGCUUUUGAACUCAGCUCAGCUGUAGGUGUGAGUAGCUAAAUCUUGCUGAGACAAGUUGUGGGAGAGAAGUGAUCUCAACUUAUUUUUAAUGCUGGAUUUGUUUUUAAUUUACCCAAGCUGUCAAACUCUUGAGAAGAUGCUAUGCUUGACCUUUGAUACCGUCUCCCACCUCCUCCACAUUUAAAAAUACAAGUUCCA